GAAUCCAUUUAUCCCCUCAGGAAUUUCACAGAGAAGUAGAACAGUAUUUAUCUCAGGCCAGUCAAGGACAAAGUGAUACCAUCUUGCUGGACUGUAGGAACUUCUAUGAAAGUAAAAUAGGACAUUUCCAGGGCUGUCUGGCUCCAGAUAUCAGGAAGUUCAGCUAUUUUCCCAGCUACGUAGAUGAAAACCUGGAGCUUUUUAAAGACAAACGUGUCCUGAUGUACUGCACAGGAGGGAUUCGUUGUGAAAGAGGCUCUGCUUACCUACGGAGCAAGGCAGUGUGCAGAGAGGUCUACCAGCUAAAAGGUGGAAUUCACAAGUACCUGGAAGAGUUUCCAGAUGGAUUCUACAGGGGGAAGCUGUUUGUAUUUGAUGAUCGUUAUGCCAUUUGUUCCAAUGAAGAUAUCGUCUCAGCAUGCAGAUACUGUGGGACACUGUGGGACCAGUAUAAACUUUGUUCCAGCCAGCACUGCCGGCAGCUUGUCCUGACAUGUCCAAGUUGUUGCAACAAAGGUCUUACAGCUUGCUGUCCUGUUUGUCAAGAGAAGGAGCUCAAGGUGACUUCACCGGCUUCAGGACAGACACUUAAGGAGGAAUGUGAAUGUACAAGGAGACGGCCAAGGGUACCUAUUGAACAUGUCUUGCAAAGGACGCUGGAUGCAGGAGAAGAUUAAGUUGUUUCAUUAGCUUAUCUGACACGUGCUAAUGCGAAGGGCUUUGUAACCAGAUCCCUGUCUGUUAUCCAGUUAGGUUUGGAAAGAA